GCGGUGUCACCAAACUCCGCCGCCGGAGAAAUGGAUCGGAAAAGACCAUGGGAGGCUCUACCAAACCUAGCUCUUGCGAAUAUAUUUUGUAGAACCUCCAUUAAAGAUCGAUCCCAUAACAUUCCUUUCGUUUGCAGAUCAUGGGCCCACGCCGCUCGCCAUCCCCCGUGCUGGGCUUCCAUGGUGGCUGAAAAUCACUAUUUUCCUGGUAAUUCGGCCGCCGAUUUUGCCUUUUUGUUAGACUCUCACUCUAAUUUCGCUAGUUUUGUGGACCCUUAUGAUGGGAGGAGAAGCCCACAUCCUCACCGUGGCUUAGCAAGCUUGCAGGGGCUGAUCGGAAGAGCAGGUGGCGGCGCCGCCGUGACUUCUAUCUAUUUCUUCCCAUUUCUCACUUCCGCCGGCGCCACUCCUAACGAUGGCGCUAUUCUUUUCCUCAUCGCCGAACAGUGCCCAAACUUGAAGCACAUAUCUUUCCAUGGAUCUUACAAUGCUUCACAAGCAGCAAUAUUAGAAAUCAUCCACUGCUGUAAAAAGCUCGAGCUCGUAGAUUUCUCCGAUUCUCCGUAUUUCAACGCUUCGAUUCUGGAGGAAUUGAGCAUCUCUUGCCCUAAUAUCAGGGGAAUUAGAAGGAACGGUAAUUUGGAGCCAUCGUUUUCGCGCGCACUUAGUACCGGAUUUAAUUGCUUGAAGCUCGUAAAUUUCUCCAAUUCGACAUUGGUCGAUAAAGACCUCCUCAAAAUCGUGACAUCUUGCAAGAAACUAUGCUAUCUAGACGUUACGGGAUGCCAAGGGUUGAUAUAUUACAUGCACAUUAUAAAGGUUGCCUCUGCAAAGAUUGCCAAUAUUCUGUACGAUUGAUCUUUUCGAUUUUCUUUUUUUUAAAUCGAAAUAUGAAAUUUUGUGACUCGAGUUUUUUCCGGUUUGUUGGUUAGUGAUGAGGCAAUGUAGUGAAUAUUUUUUUAUGUGUGCAGUGAUUCUAUUUAUUUUUUAGAUGGGAAAAAUGUGCACGUUUAAAACAAGUCUUUGAAAAGGGCUUUUGGCAUAACAGACACAUGCAUACUGUCAAAAAUUCACUAAAAGAAUAAAGAUAAGGUGGUUGUGCUUUGUGGUUGUAGUGGUGAUUUAACUAUAAUUAUCAUAUAUAAUAUUUCACAUGGCAUUUUAUGCGUGUUGAUUAUAAUUACUUUUUAGUGGAAAUAUCAUAUGUAUAUAUAUAUAGAUGAUGUGAUUUUGAUUCUGUGACUUGUUGACACCUAGCUUUGUUUUAAUGUGGGCACCAUUCAGUAAUCACCAAACAAUAGAAUAUGAAAAUAGUAUAACAAAUAAUUGAUGUCUUGUUUUAGAUAAUUCAUUAUCUAGCUACCAGAUCAUGGCUUCAUACUUGACAUUAGAUUAAUUCAUUCUCAAUCUCUGCACACCUGAGAAUUAAACACACACACACACACACACACACACAGACAAAGUAGUUCAAUAGAAGAGUGGUGAUGGAGGAGCUGGGAAGGCUGAGCCACCUGUACGUGACGGUGUUUCUGUCAUAUUUUUCAUUAUAUUUGGUGAAUCCGGCGAUCCCAGAUGUUACCGUGCAGGCUGUUUGUGGCGGCGGUAAAGAGGAGUGCUCGCUCGCCAUUUACCUCACCGGUUUCACGCAAGCUAUCACUGGGUUGGGUGCGGUGGUGAUGAUGCCGAUGAUCGGCAAUCUUUCGGAUGUUUAUGGUCGGAAAAAUUUGAUGACUAUUCCUAUGACUCUUGCAAUAAUACCACUUGUAAUUAUGGCAUGGAAUCGAACGACGAACUUCUAUUAUGCAUACUAUGUAUUCAAGACAUUGACCGACAUUGUUGCAGAUGGUGGUAUUCUCUGCCUUGCUCUUGGCUAUUUGGCGGACUGUGUAGCAGAAGGGAAGCGAGUGGCCGUAUUUUCAGUAUUGAGCGGUGUAAUUUGCGGUGCAAACGUCUGUGGUUCUUUGGCCGCUCGUUUACUCUCAACACCUCACAUCUUUCAGGUUGCCGCAGUUAUAUCAAUUGUUGCAGCAAUUUAUAUGAGAGUCUUUCUCAAAGACCCAGUUCGUGAAAAAAAUGAUAUGUUGUUGGAGCAGCCAAUCUUGAACCCCGGAAAAGGAAGUAGCAAAUCAUCGGAAAAUAUAAGCUUCAUUCAUCAAAUUCCAUCGCCAAAAGAUGUAUUUAUUCUGUUCAGGAGUAGCAAUAAAUUUGCACUAGCUGCAUCUGUUAGUUUCUUCACUAGUCUCGCUGAGGCUGGAGGUGCAGCAUUCUUGAUGUAUUUCUUGAAGGCCCGUUUCCACUUCAAUAAGGACCAAUUCGCAGUAGUACUUCUGAUUACAAACCUCGGAGCAACUCUAACUAAUGCUAUUUUCAUGCCUAUAUUAGGACCUAUUGUGGGAGAAGAGACGCUGCUUUGUGUUGCACUCUUCAACGGAUUCCUAAAUAUGCUAUUUGAUAGCAUAGCAUGGUCAGCUUGGGUACCAUAUGCUUCUGCAUCGCUGGGGAUGUUCUUUACACUGUCGAGCCCGUGUAUCAGAAGCAUAGUUUCCAAAGAAGUUAAGUCCAGUGAACAAGGGAUAGCACAGGGAUGUAUUUUGGGCAUAACGUCAUUCGCCAAUGUCGUUUCUCCACUAAUUUUUAGUCCUCUGUCAGCUUUAUUUCUGUCUGAGAGAGCACCGUUCAAUUUCCCAGGUUUCUGUGUACUAUGCAUUGGAUUCGCAUAUGUGGUAGGUUUGAUUCUGAGCGUAGUGAUAAAUAUAAAUCCGUUUGUCUCGAGAAGAGACAGAGUGAGCGAAGAAAUAAACGUAGAGUAUAGACCUUAACCAUGGUUUCACAUUGUAUUUAUAUUGCAUUUUAUGAGAGAAAUAAAUGUGGAAACAUUCAACAAAUGUGUUAUAAAUUAUAUUUUUGUGUAUGUAUCAUCAUGUACCUAAGACAAGGUUGCUCUCUUCUUCUUGCUGUUAAACCUCUGUAAAUUAAUACAGUCGAGACUAGCAAAAUUCUAUUAAUUUAGCGAAAUAUUAAAUUUUC